AUGUCCACUCUCCCGCGUGCGAAGUCACCCUUGACCCCUCCCGGAUUAUCGAGCUUGUUUUUCUCAUUUACACGUUCAAAAGCAGAACCACAGCCUCGUGUCAAGUCCUCGAUUGAGAUAUCUCCCCCCGUGGAUUUUGAUGCGGGCAUCAACACAUCUGCUGCGUGGACGGAACACCUCGAUUCUGAUCAGCCGUCGCAUUCACUCUCAGACGAUGAGCCCGACGAUAUCGUUGGAGAUGAUAUCGACGGUCGCGCAGCGAGGGUCUUAUACAAGUUCGAAGGCAAACCAGAAUUCAGGGAGCUCUCGGUGGAGGGUGGGGAUCAGAUUGAAAUUCUCAGGGAACACGUGGGCGAUGGUUGGAGUUUGGUCAAGAAUGAGCAUGAUGAGAUGGGGUUGCUGCCGCAGACGUAUUAUACCUUCACGAUCGACUUCAUCUCUGCCCCAGAAGCGAGCAUCAAUUCACACACGAGUCGGCGAGACCCUUCUACCACCUCGUUGACACCACGCGCCUCUCCUAACCGGACACCUAUACCCCUCCCCCAACCUGGACCCAUUGUUGUGCAAACUACUGGCGAACGUAUGAUGGCUGCUUUUCCCAGCUUCCGACAAAGUCUUCUUGGCGGCAAGAAUCUGAAUAGAUUCUCGAAUUUUGUUACCAGCGGCGCUGAAGCAUAUGUACUGAAAGGCGAUGGAGCACUGGCCGCGAUAGACACAACUAUUCCUCCGCCUUCGCAUCUACAAGAGUCUAGUGAUGAUGAGGGUGAGGAGGGCGGGACGGACGCGAUCUCGAUGGGUAAAGCUAGGCUUGGCGAGACAGAUCGACACUUCAUUGAUGCAGGUCCCUCUUGGAAAACCAAAGUGCCGCCAUUUCGCGUGCUCGUACACUCUCCAUCGAAGCGCGCCUCUACGCUUUCGGGCUCUUACAUCAUCUACAGUGUCACUUCGCUCUUUCAUCUUCCAUCAUCCGACCUGGAUCCUGACCUACCUCCAUCGUCACCUACGCGUAUCACCGUCCAUAGACGAUUCUCCCAUUUUGUUGUACUCCACACUUCCCUUACGCGUCGGCUUCCUGGCAUUGCACUUCCACCUCUUCCAGAGAAACAGUAUUCUGGCCGUUUCAACGACGACUUUGUCGAGGCCCGACGAGGCGAUCUAGAAAGGUACCUUGGCAAGAUCGUCAGACAUCCCGUUGCGAGAUAUGCAGAAAUCCUCACGUUCUUCCUGGGCUGUGAGAGCGACAUAGAAUGGAAAAGACAGCUUCCUCGACAUCUCGCUCUUCCACCUGCUGGACCAUCCUUCUUUGCCAACGUCUUUCACCCAGCAUUCAACUUUGAUGCCGAUGAAGCUGCCGAAACAAUUGACAAGUUCGAUGCCCAUACGAAGGUGGUAGGCACGAGCGUCCAGAGCUUACGAAACAUCUUCGGCCAAGCUCGACAAGCGCGAAUAGAGAUGUCUAAGGCCGAACGCCUGCUUUCUUAUUCGCUGCUUUCCCUGAUCACUUCAAAGCCCUUGGCAUCCCCAUCCAAUCCAGAGUAUGAUGACGCCCCAUACUUCUAUGACAAACGCAGAGGUCUGCUCAACGAAGAAGGGGCAUGGUGUUGGAAAGAGAAUUGUGAAGAUUGUCUCAAGCUUACGAAGGCUUUGCAGAAGACGAGCGAGACAUUACAGAACGUUGCAGAUCUCUAUGAUGACCAUGCUCGGAGAACACAGCUAGUCACACAUGAGGCCUUCAAGGGCGUUGCUCAUCCGUCACAGCUAUACUCGCCAGUUGUCGAUACUCAUCGCAAUACUCUCUCACGCUACAAAGAAGCUAUGCAGCAUGAUGGGCCCGAGAACGAGGAAGUCGCUGCUCGAUGUGAGACCGUACUGAACACGACAAUGGCCGAACUAGAGACAUACCACACCCAGAAGGUCGAAGACUUUAGUAGCAUCGCCAAGGAACACCUUGACAGUGAAAUUGAGUUCUAUGAGCAGGUCCUUAAUCGCCUGCGUACAGCACGCCGUACGUUCGAACCACCAAUUUAUGACCGGCUAUGCGCCUCUCCGCGGCAGCCUUCAAUGUACGAGCGUGAGCUAUCCAGCCCACGCCAAGUCCCAGAGGCACUUCCUCAGCCGUGCCCUCAUGUCUUCGAUUCUGCGCCAAUGCGUCCAGUUAGCCAAGCAUUGCAAGAUGGUGUCGGACUACUGAUCGGCGGUGCCGCUGCGCAUGCUAGCAUCCUUGGUCGAUUUUGGUAG